AUGUACUUCCUGAAAUCCCACGGGGACAAGUUCUCCAUUAGUGACCAAGGAGACAUUGUGACUCUUGUGCAGCUAGACCGAGAAGAAAACGACCUGUACAGCAUCAUUGUAGAAGCUGUUGAUUCCGUGGUGCCUCCCAAUACAGCUGUUACUUUGGUAACAGUGAGAGUUGAUGAUGUCAAUGACAAUCCUCCAGUUUUCUCACCAUUGAUUCAAACUAAACUCUCAGCUCCUGAGAAUGCAGCUAGUCUGGACUUGGGCAUAUUUUCUGCUACUGAUCAGGAUACAGGAGUUAAUGCACUUAUAAGCUACUCUUUGCAAGAUGAUUUUGCAGGAAUGUUCCAUAUUGACAGUUCUACUGCUAAGCUGAUGACAAAUAAAGCCUUGGACAGAGAGACAGUGGACAACUACGAAUUGAAAAUCAUAGCUGCUGACUCUGGCAGACCAUCACUAUCUGCAAGCUUGGUUCUAAACAUCACUGUAGAAGAUGUGAAUGACAACCCCCCAGUGUUCCCCCAGAAAUCAUACUCUGUGACCGUGAAAGAGAACGAGCCUCCACAUGUGAUUUUGAGUGCAGCAGCCACAGAUGCAGAUAUAGGGUACAAUGCCAUUAUUCAUUACACCAUCCUUGGAGAGACUUCCUCAUUUCAUGUUGGAGAAGUUUCUGGAAAUAUUACAACCCUUCAACCUCUGGACUAUGAAAGUCAUUCCCAGUAUACAUUCAUCCUGAAAGCUUUCAACCCCGGAGAGCCAGACCUCCAGGACACAGCAAACAUUACAGUUAUGGUGGAAGAUGUUAAUGAAGAAGGACCUGUAUUUGACAAGCCCUCAUAUUACCAGAUCCUUCCUGACAGUUCUACAGCUGGCACACAGGUAGUGGAUAUCAAUGCAACAGAUGAAGGCAAGGGUUAUGAUGAAGGCAUUUUCUACAAUAUUUCAGAUGGAAACUCAGAAGGCCUCUUCAGUCUUUCCAGUACCACAGGAGUACUUGUGUUAACAAGAGACUUGACAAAACAAACUGUUCCCCAGUAUUACUCCUUGACAGUCACUGCUACAGACUCGGGUCUGCCACCUCUUUCAACUUCUGUGAAGGUGUCAAUAACAGUAGCUCCCAGCAACUUCUCAGUGCCAGUGUUCUCUGAAGCAGCCUAUCAGCCCACCCCUCUGAGUGAGAAGACGCUGCCAGAUACGUUUGUUGUACACAUCAGUGUGCUGUAUAAGGUUCCUGUGGUAUACAGUAUUGUAUCUGGAGAUGAAAAGGGCUAUUUCAUGAUUGAUUCAUCCACUGGUAUUGUAAGAACAAGAAAGAACCUGACCCUGGAUGAUUUCCCUGUCACUUUCAACGUGCGAGCAACAGAUUCGUCUGAGGACAGCAUAUUUAAUGAAGUUUCUGUGACUGUGGAAGUUAUUGAUGAAAAUGAUUUCCCUCCAGUUUUCCCAUCCUCUCUACUAGAAGAAAGUCUGAAAGAGAAUUUACCUGCUACCCAGAUCGUCCAGCUGAAGGCUCAGGAUGAUGAUAAAGGUAGAAAUGGUUUGCUAAGGUACGGCAUUCUGAGUGAAGGUGCACUGUUCAGCAUAGACGAAGAGACUGGAAUCCUCUCUUCCACUGUCCCCUUUGAUUAUGAAGAGGAACCUACAGAGUAUCAGAUUGUGGUAUAUGCUGAAGAUGAUGGAAUCCCUGAGAAGAAAAGAGGUUACUGCACAGUUGUCAUAAAGAUUGUCGAUGUCAAUGACUGCCCACCUGUCUUUGAUCCAGUGGCUGAACUCAGUGUAAAUGAAAACGUGCCCGUGGGAUUCAUAGUUGGAAAAGUCACAGCAACAGACAGAGACACAGGAGACAAUGCCUUUGUUGUGUAUAACCUUACAGGUGAUGGAGGAAAUACAUUUGAAAUAGAUGAAAUAUAUGGCACCAUUAAGAUAAAGAACUCUCCAGACUAUGAAACUGUGGCUAAAUACAACCUUACAGUGAAUGCAAUCAACAAUAAAUCUGCCCCUUUCUACCAGGCAACUACUCAUGUCAGUGUUCUGGUGAUUGAUGUGAAUGACAAUGCUCCAGUGUUUGCUCAGGACUCCUACUCUGCUUCUAUAAACACGGUGAAUCCUGUGGGCACUCAUGUCAUAACCGUGAGCGCUACCGACAAAGAUCAGGUGUCCUACCAGUCUUUCAGAAGCAUGCAAGGACUGAAGCAAUGUAGUGCUUGUGAAGUUGUUUGA